GGGAAAAAAAAUCAAUCUAUCAUCAUCUAAGUUGAGAUUAGUCCUUUUAGCUUAUACAAGUGUUAGUCUGCAAAAUGGGUUUUCUUGGAUUUAGAGCCACAUUUAAUAUUUUGCAUGUUGCAACCGGAUUUGCCAUUAUGCUUCUCUAUCCACUGUAUGCAUCGACGAGGGCAUUGGAGAAGCCUUCAUCUCGAGAUCAUCAACAGUGGCUGACAUAUUGGGUUUUGCUCUCAUUUCUGACCCUCUUUGAACUUUAUUUCUCGAGUAUCACAUCAUGGAUUCCGCUUUGGCCUUAUGUAAAGCUGGUGUUUUUCAUGUGGUUGGUGCUGCCUAAUUUCAAGGGCUCAGCUUAUGUUUACGAGAAUAUUGUCAUGAAGUUCUUGAACAUUGAGAGUACAGAGAGAGCUAAUUACGAUUUGAAGGAGGAGGAGAAAAAAGAAGACAAAAAUGAGGACGAGUACGAGAAAGAAGAAGAAGAUGAGGACGAGGACGAGGAAGAAGAAGAUGAAGAAAAGAAAAUCUUCCAUGCCUGGAAGUUGGUGGAUGAUUACAUUGAUAAAAAUGGAGCUGAUGCUUUAGAAGAAAUUGUCAAAUCUGCUUUACAGGCAUCUGGGACGAACAAGCAGAAGCAAAUAUAAAGAGGAGAAGAAUAAAUAACAAGAGAUCUACGAUGGAUGUAUAUAUACUUAUAUAUUUUUACACAUACACAAUAGGAUACACAUACAAAUGUACCAAAUGCAUUUAUAAAAUUUGAUUAUAAGAAAUAAAUAGA